AAUAAAAUAAAGAAAGUAUGGUGCUGAGAAGCAAAAAUCCAAGUUAGCACACACAAUCUUUUUAUAUGUUGUUCUCAUAAUAUAAAAAUGGUUAGCCAAAAGAUAAUUGAACAAAGAGAGAAUUUACCAACGUUCGAAUUUAAAAAUGAACUCGUUGAAGCCAUUCGAGAGUAUAGUGUGCUCGUCGUGAUUGGUGAAACUGGUUCUGGCAAAACGACACAGAUCCCUCAGUACAUUUUAGAAGGGAUGCCAGAGAUGAAAAAGAUUGGUGUUACUCAACCUAGACGCAUUGCUGCCAUUACAGUGGCAAAACGCGUGAGCGAAGAACAAGGCGUCCGACUCGGUGCAACUGUAGGCUACACGAUCCGAUUUGACGAUACGACAAGCCCAGAAACAAAACUAAAGUACAUGACGGACGGCGUCUUGUUACGUGAAGCAACAGAAGAUCCACGCCUCAGCCAAUAUUCGGUCGUUGUUAUUGACGAAGCACACGAACGGACGCUCGAGACGGAUGUUCUUUUCGGCUUGUUGAAAAAGACACGACGACUACGACCCGACCUCAAAAUACUGAUCAUGUCCGCCACGCUUGACGUGGAAAAGUUUUCUGAUUUUUUUGAAGAGUGUCCUAUCUUUGAAAUUCCUGGACGAACAUUCCCUGUCGACGUGAUUUAUUACAAGGACGCUCAGCGGCUCGCAUCACUCAAAUCCAAUCUUGUCGAUCAUGCUGUUGAAGCUGCGUGGCAUAUCCAUACGCAAGAACCAGCUGGAGAUUUGCUGGUGUUUUUGACGGGACAAAAUGAUAUCGAACGCGCAUGUCGUGCUUUCCAGGAACGGGCCGGAACGAGCGAUUACAAAAAGACGGUGCGGUUCUAUGAUGAAGGGGUAAGAGAUAUUGCCAUCUACCCAUUGUAUGCGAGUUUGGAGACAUAUGAUCAAAAAGCUGUAUUUGAAGCUCCCAGGGAUGGUGUCCGGAAAGUAGUCUUUGCAACCAACGUAGCACAGACGUCGGUUACGAUCCCAGGAAUCCGAUACGUGAUUGAUUCCGGUUUUGUUAAAGAAAAGACGUAUGAUGCCACUACCGGUAUGGACGCACUUCUUGUAACAGAAAUCAGCCAGGCUGCUGCAACACAACGUGCUGGACGUGCUGGCAGAACUGCACCUGGUAAAGCAUACAGAUUGUAUACCCCGGAUAGUUUCAAUCAUAUGUUAGUCGACACCAUCCCUGAGAUCCAACGAAGCAGUUUACUCGGCACAGUUCUAUCAUUGAAGAAAAUGGGCAUUGUCGACGUUGUCAACUUUGAGUUCAUCGAUCCACCAGACGAGAAGCUUGUUCGAAACGCACUGAAACAGCUGUAUCUACUGGGAGCAAUAGACGAAGUAGGCAAGCUAACCCCACUAGGCGACAAAAUGAGUUAUUUUCCGUUAUCUCCAUCUCUUGCUCGCGUCUUGGUCAGUUCUGCUGAAGAGUACGAGUGUAGCAAUGAGGUGCUCACAAUUGCAAGCAUUCUUGCUGGCGAGAAUGACUUGUUCCGUGCGCCAUCAGCACGUAGUCGUGGUGGACAACAAGCCGUGAUCGAAGCAGAAGAAUGUAAAUUACGGUUCGCACACCAUGCAGGCGAUCAUAUGACUUAUCUUAAUGUAUGGCACGAAUGGAAACGGCACAGCAAAAGCCGGUCCUGGUGCAAAGACAAUUGGAUCAACAGCAAGGUGUUGGAGACUGCGGCAAACGUUCGACGACAGCUAGUGGAUGUCAUGGACAAGGCACGUCUUCCAAUAAAGCGCGCACCACGAUGGAAACAGGAGACAAAAAGUAGCAAACGCAGAGCCAUGGGUGAUGACGAGAAUGGUCGUCAGGUUGACCCUGUGCCUGUCCUCAAGUCCUUUUUAUCCGGAUACUUUACAAAUAUUGCCAACAAAGGCGCCCAUCGAGCGGUCUUUUCACAUUACUCGCCCGAUCAACACUUGACAGAAGGUAUGACGGCAGAAGUGAACGACUUUACAGGCUCACCCACGUCGCUUGUCGCAUUGCAUCUCCAUCCGUUGUGUGCCUUCUCGGAUAUGUUGGACCGAAACCGAAUUCGCUAUUCCGAGCUGGACUGGGUCAUGUACAUGCACGUCACCUAUACAAACAAGGCCGUGAUGAAAGGUGUCAGCAAAAUUUUGUGGGAGUGGAUCAAGGCGGGUGAAGGCCGCGAGCGGAUACGAAAGUUGGCAAAAACGCGUUUGAACGGCGAAGAUGCUCCUAACGUGUUGGAAAUGGACCACGAUGCAGAAGCAGAAAAAGCCAAACUUGAAGACGAAAAGAUCAUGGAGGAAAUUGAACAAGAUAAGCGGAAACGACGUGCAGCAGAGAUAGAAGAGAUCAGACAACGAGCGCUAGCACGAAGAAAAAUUCAGUAAAAGAGUAAAGAAAAAAGG